AUGUUCAUGCUAACUGCUUCCUAUAUUCAGACAAGUAUGUCUAGCUUUUUUUUCAUUGUAUUAGUUAAGACAUCUGUUCCCAUAUUUAUUGUAGUUUUUUCAUGCUGUCUUGGGAAGCGCUAUUCGUUUAAGACCUACGUUUCACUCUUUAUUAUUCUUUUCGGAGUCAUGAUUACCUCGAAAACAGAAGUAUCCCUGACACUACACGGGUUGCUCAUUGGGCUUUUGUCAGCCAUGGGCAGUGCUGCCUUCAGCUUAUAUAUGAAAAUGGUUCUGACUUCUUCGAGUCUCAAUGCAAGCAACGUGUUACUCGUUGUUUCUGGAGCGAGCGUUCUUUGCAUUUUACCUAUUUGGUCUUUCGUAGACCUUCGAAGCAUUAUUUACACUGACAAAGGUCAACUGCUGGAGCAGUUAAAAAAGGGUGGAUACUUGUCACUGCUGGAUGGAGUGGCACGUUGCUCACAGAAUUAUUUGGCUGUUGUGAUGCUGAGUCGUCUCACCGCACUGAGCUACUCAGUGGCUAGCGUAGUGAAGCGUCUUCUCGUCAUUCUCACUGCCAUUGUCUUCUUCGCCACUCCUGCCUCCGCUGUGACCUUCGUCGGCCUUGGUCUUGCUACGGUUGGCCUCCUCUUAUACAACUUGGUACGUAUUUCCUCUUUAAUUUUGUUUCUUUUCGCAAGUCAGUACUUCCGCAUUUAUACCAACGCGCAUGUAAUGGCCAAAAAACAAUUUGUCAAUCGUGUAAUGUAUGCUGCAAUAAAGCUGACCUCCUUUUGCCCAAUCCAGAUUAGCUUAUUCGAGUUUCAAUUUCAAAAGCGCUUGAACAAGCGUCAAGUGCCUGUAGGUGCCUUGCAGUAG